CGCCGACGUCACCCUUGAAUAAACAAUACGCAAAGAGUCCGAGGUCACGUACAGCACGAUAACGCUCUCGAGCGCAACCUCGCCAUGUCGCACCGAUGAGCUUUAUCCAGCGCCUCGACAGCGCCGCCCCGUUGGGCUACACCACCCCCGUCUUUCCCUCGCUCUACUGGCCCCUGCCCCCGGGCGCAGCGCAGUCCUUCUACCUCUACAGACCCAGCGACAUUCUGCGUUUCACCAUCUACUGGACGCUCCUGCUCGUCGGCGGCAUACACCUGGUUGUUGCCCUUUGGGCGUGCAUAAUACAAUGGCGCAACUGGAAGAUCAUCUGGGUUGUGCCGCCGCUAUUUGCGGCCGUGGGCGCGCUUGAGGGCCUGAUUGCUGGGGCCAUUGUGGGUGGACUGCUGGGCGGUGUGUAUCAGAGUGGGUACUUUGAGAUGAGCACUUGGAUUCCGUUCGUGUGGGGGUGUAUCAAUGCUAUGGUGUUGAUUCUGUCGAGUUUUUCGAUAUACGGCGGGCUGUAACACGGGUAUGAACGAAGGGGUGGUGUGGAAAACGCAGGAAGGACGAACAGCAACGAUCAGACAAGGCAACAUUAGAUAGCGUCUCGGAUGGACAGCAUGACACUGGCUAACGCUGAAGUGUUUCCUCUCUUCGUGAACGUACGAUGAUUAUGCGACACGUACAAACCACUGAAAAACCGAAAUCUAGCGAACGUACAUCCCAUU